AUGCUCAUCAGGUGUUCAGACGUGGGUUCGAACGCUUUCACAUCAUCGGCUCUCGAACAGCUCACUUGCACCUUCUCGAGACAAAUGCACGCUAUUCACGCUGAUGCUGGAGAUAUGCGGAUAUUCGACUUCAUCGCCUUCCCAUCCCAGCCGACCAUCCGACUGCUCCUUAUCGUACCACUCGUCUCUCAGGAGUCUCCGCACCUCCCCCUCGAUCGCUGGCAGGAUUCUCCCACUGAGGACGAACUAGCGAUAUCGGCUGCGCAACUGAUGGGCCGUCCAUCCCUCAGAGACAUUGCGAUUGAAGACGUGGACCGAGCGUCGCUAGAUGACAGGCAACGCAAAGCUGUUAUGGGCGUUGUAUUAGAAGCCAACCGAGUGAAUCAGCUAGUGUCGAUGCAACGAUCAUGUACGGCUGAGGACCUUGGUGCUCUGUUGAACUCGGACAGGCUGGCCAACGAUGAAUGCCACCGACUUCUUUCGGCGAUUCGGUUCCUUCCGGGCAUCUUUGGAUGCCGACGAGUAAACGGCAGCUACCAGAGUCCGUCGAGCUUCGCUGCUAUCGCCAUCGCUGAUGUUGGAGUGUGCGGUCCGUAUCUUGUCAAGUUCUCCCAAGAGUACAACUGCACAAUUCAUGUGCUCACUCCUGCCGAUGGUGCUUACUCUAGUUAUCUCAAGUUCAUGGCACCUCAGCAGUGA